AUGUCUUUCUACAACCCCAAUAAUAAUGCUAACAAUGGUGGUGGCUUCUACCAACCGUCCGCACAAUUUGCCGUGCCUCAAGGAUCUAUGAGUUUCCAAAAUACUGUGGACUCUUCUAAUACCGGCAAUGACAACAAUCUGGGUGUUGCCCCUGAUCCUUUACGGGUGGGUAUUCUACAUGCUCUUUCUACAAAGGGGUAUGCGCAUGAACCUCCAUUGUUGGAAGAGAUUGGCAUUAACUUCGACCAUAUUAUUACAAAAACCAAAAUGGUACUUAUACCUAUACGUUUUGGUAAUGGUGUACCACAAGAAAUUUUAAAUGAUGCAGAUUUGGCUGGGCCUGUCAUAUUCUUUUUAUUAUUUGGUCUUUUCCUAUUGAUGGCUGGCAAAGUCCAUUUCGGGUAUAUCUACGGUGUUGCUUUAUUUGGUACUAUUUCUUUGCACAAUUUAUCGAAACUGAUGAGCAAUAACGACACUUCUAUCCAAACGAACUUACAAUUUUUCAAUACUGCGUCUAUCUUAGGUUACUGCUUCUUGCCUUUAUGUUUUCUUUCUUUACUGGGCAUUUUUCAUGGUCUAAACAAUACUACGGGUUAUGUUAUAUCAGUACUAUUUGUGAUCUGGAGCACCUGGUCCUCAUCAGGGUUUUUGAAUUCCCUGUUGCAAUUGCAAAGUGCCAGGUUAUUGAUUGCUUACCCAUUAUUGAUUUUCUACAGUGUUUUUGCCCUCAUGGUAAUUUUUGUGUGA